AACUGCUUACUCGUAACCCCCGGAAGUGCUACGUACCCAGGAAGUGCGCGGAGAAAACAGCGAUCUCACAACACAGCAAAAUAAAACAUCAGCACAGCAACACAGUCCCCCCCUACUCAUCGGCCGGUACUCCGUGACGGGUUUUUGCCACGUCGCGCCAGGCCACGCGCUUCGGAGAGCGACAUGGCGGUGAGCGCGGUGCACCUCGAGUCGGACGCCUUCCUCGUUUGCAUGAACCACGCGCUAAGCACAGAAAAGGAAGAAGUGAUGGGACUCUGUAUCGGAGAGGUGGACACGAAUCGCAUCGUGCACAUCCACUCGGUGAUCAUACUGCGGCGCUCGGACAAGCGCAAGGACCGAGUGGAGAUCUCGCCGGAGCAGCUGUCUGCGGCCUCCACGGAGGCGGACAGACUUGCUGAAAUGACAGGGCGGCCCAUGAGAGUCGUUGGGUGGUACCAUUCUCAUCCCCACAUCACCGUGUGGCCCUCCCAUGUUGAUGUAAGAACUCAGGCAAUGUACCAAAUGAUGGACCAGGGUUUUGUUGGACUCAUAUUCUCGUGCUUCAUUGAAGAUAAAAACACAAAGACGGGCCGAGUCCUGUACACUUGUUUCCAGUCUGUACAAGCUCAGAAGGGCUCUGAGUACGAGAGAAUUGAGAUCCCCAUUCAUGUGGUUCCACAUGAAGCCAUUGGCAAAGUGUGCCUUGAGUCUGCAGUGGAACUUCCCAGGAUUCUGUGCCAGGAGGAGCAGGACACAUACAGAAGGAUUCAUAGUCUAACUCAUCUGGAUCCAAUAACAAAAAUACAUAAUGGUUCAGUGUUCACUAAGAACCUGUGCAGCCAGAUGUCAGCUGUCAGCGGGCCGCUGCUGCAGUGGCUGGAGGACAGGCUGGAGCAGAACAAGCAGAGCAUCAGCGAGCUGCAGCAGGAGAAGGAGCGACUGAUGCAGGAGCUGGCUGCCCUCUGAAGGGGACUGCGCCUUCUCCAAAUGUGCACUUGGUGCCACUCGCUUAUAUAAGCCAAGAAGGUCUCAUGGAUCAGAAGCGUUGGUUUUCACCUCUCUCGGAACCUGUCUUCCUCAGGAGAGACCUGUGUUUUCCUCUAAACUGUAUUUCGCAGAAUUUCCUUUGUGUCCCCACAUGGGGAUACUCCAGCUUGCCUCAAGGUUUAGCCUUCAUUCAUCUUCCCACCCCUGUGUACACACUGUCCCAGCUGGAUAUCUCCUCCCAGCCUAGAGAAUAGGGGACAGCUGUAGUAUAUCUUAAGUGAAGUAGGCCAAUUGAAAAUUAGCAUAGUCUCUAAGGUACUUUGUGUGAGAUCAGUCAGGCUCUGGCUGCUUUUACCAUCCUGUGUGAUUAAAACUUUGGUGGCCUUUUUAUACUUCUAAGAAUGGCUAUGUUUAUUUACUAGCUUGGAGAAGAAUAGGAAGACAAACGUAAGCUGAGAUUGUCCUGACGUUGCACAAGUGUAUAGUUUCACUUGACAAUGAAGUGGCAAACCUGUGUAUAUAUGCAGACACUCAUAAUAUUUAGAUAGUCUGUACUUCACAGUACUUAAAAUUUACAGCAGUUUUUUUUUCUCUUUCUCCAAAUGGCCUGUUGGUCAGCGUUUUGUGUGUUUUUUCAUGUAAAAUGGACUGUGUAUUUUGCUUACUUUGACAGGAGUUCCAAACUUGCCAAAAUGGUGGCAGGUCAGUUCCUAUCAUGCAUGCAGUACAUUGCUGCACGUAGAGGAGAUGUGAAAUGGGGUAUUUAUGAUGCUGUAUAAUAGCUAUUUUGUAUGGGCUAGGACUUUGUCAUUGGGAAUGCUUGUUUUCCUGAAUAACUUGAUGUCUGAGGAAAUAAAACUCUUCAGCUGAUGUUGUGACUAA